UACGCAUUUAAAAAAAAAACUGAAAGUCCCAAAACCCUCGUAAAACCCUAGACGCCGCCACCACCACCACCACCACCACCGCAGAAGCUUGAUUGAGCCAUGGGGAAGAAGAUGAAAGGGAACGACAAAAAACCCGACAAAAAAGGCGGUAGAAAGAUGGGAGCAGAGGCAGUGGCCAUGAAAGCAAAGGCCAAGAAGGUCGAGAACCCAUUCGAAUUGAUCUCGUCUCGCCGCAAGUUCGACGUCCUCGGGAAGAAGCGCAAAGGCGAAGAGCGCCGCGACGGGUUCUCCAGGUCCCGCGGCGUUGACAAGAGGAACAACACUCUGCUCAAAGAGUACGAGCAGAGCUUGAAAUCUUCCGUUUUUGUGGAUAAGCGUAUCGGAGAGCACGAUAAGGAGCUUGGGGAGUUCGAUAAAGGUGUGAUCAGAUCUCAGAGAGCUCGUCAGUUGAAAGCGAAGAAGAGUAUGUAUAACUUGUCUGAUGGGGAGGAAGAUGUUUAUGGAGAUGGUGCUCUUGGUGAACCUUCUUCCGCAAGGGAUGAUUUUGAUUCUGUACAGUUGUCUGAUGAAGAUGAUGAUAUUGAUCAGGAUGAUUCUGGAUCAAGGAGACUGAGGAAUCGAAAUAGAGACUCGUCUGGUGAGGAGGAAGAGAGGCGUAAGAGCAAGAAGGAAGUCAUGGAUGAGAUCAUCAUGAAGAGCAAACUUGGCAAGAUGGAGAAAGCUAAGCACAAGGAGGAAAAGGAGAAGCUGUUGGAAGGGCUGAAUGAAGAGUACAUGUCCAUAGAGAAAUCUGACGCCAUGAAGAGUUUAACUCAAGAUUUUAUUGUCCAAGAUGAGCCAAGUGAUAAAUAUGCAAUGCUUAUGGAUGAUUUGAGGUCGGAUCGUCGUGGUCGUCCUACUGAUAGAACAAAGACGCCUGAAGAAAUUGCUCAGGAAGAGCGUGAAAAACUAGAGGAACUUGAGGAAAAACGUAAGAAGAGGAUGCAAGAAACUGAGGAUUUGAGCGACGAGGAUGAGGACACUGGUGGUGAGGAGUCAUCAAAGAGGGUAAGAGUCGUAUCUGGCGAUGAUCUUGGUGAUUCCUUCUCAGUUGAUGCAAAGCAUCCGAAAAAGGGAUGGAUUGAUGAAGUUCUUGAACGAGAGGGUGAUGAGGAUGAUUCAGCAAGUGAUGAGGAUUCAGGAAGUGAAGGAGAGGAAGAUGAUGACGAUGAUGAGGACUCAGAUGGGGGUAAAGGUCAUUCUUUAAAGGACUGGGAACAAAGUGAUGAUGAGCUAGAGGCAGAGCUGGAAGGUGAUGAAGAAGAAGAAGAUGAUGAUGAUGAUGAUGAUGAUGAAGAUGAAGAUGAAGAAGAAGCGGAGCCAAUAGUGCAUAAAAAGUCAAAGAAAGACUCUUCUGCUCCAUCUGAAGGAACAGUAAAACAAACAACCAACAUGAAGAAAUUGAGUUCAACGCAGCAUGAUAUUCCUUACGUGAUUCAUGCUCCACAGAGUUUCGAGGAACUGAUUGCUCUAGUAGAAAAUCGAUCUAAUGCAGAUGUUAUUACAAUCGUAAACCGAAUCAGGACAACAGAUUCAAUUAAGCUUGCAGCUGAAAACAGGAAAAAAAUGCAGGUCUUCUAUGGUAUUCUCCUACAGUAUUUUGCCGUUCUUGCAAACAAGAAGCCCUUGAACAUUGAGUUACUAAACAUGCUUGUCAAGCCAUUGAUCGAUAUGAGCGGGGAGAUUCCCUACUUUGCUGCAAUAUGUGCUAGACAACGGCUUUUGAAGACUCGUGCGCAAUUUUGCGAGGCUCUCAAGAAUCCAGAGGAUGGAUGCUGGCCUUCCUUGAAAACAUUGUUUCUCUUGAGGCUUUGGUCCAUGAUUUUUCCGUGCUCUGACUAUCGCCAUGCUGUGAUGACACCCUCGAUAUUGUUGAUGUGUGAAUAUCUCAUGCGCUGCCCCAUCUCCUCUGGUCGUGAUAUUGCCAUUGGUUCCUUCUUGUGCUCCAUUGUUCUCUUGGUUGCUAAACAAUCUAAAAAGUUUUGCCCCGAAGCCAUACUAUUUAUCAGGACUCUUCUGAUGGCUGCUUCAGACAAAAAGUUACCACCAUCUGAAGAAUCUGAGUUUUAUCAUUUCAUGGAGUUAAAAACGCUGACUCCAUUCCUCUGCAUACAAGACGACGUAAAGGAGGUCGUGCCAUUAAACUUCCUAAAGAUGAUGGAUCUGCCAGCAGACUCUCCAUAUUUCAGCUCUGAUGAAUUCAGAGCAAGCAUCCUUUCAAGUGUAGUGGAGACUCUCAGAGGGUUUGUGGAGAUAAACGGAGGAUUAAGUUCCUUUCCAGAGAUCUUCAUGCCCAUCUCAACUUUACUACACCAAGUUGGGAAUCAAGAAAAGAUCCCACAAACUCUUAGGGAGAAGUUAGAAGAUGCCGCAGAGCUAAUCGAAAAGAAAACCGAGGAGCAUCACAAGCAACGAACACCACUGGCUAUGCGUAAACAAAAGCCAGUAGCCAUCAGAAUGGUCAAUCCCAAAUUUGAAGAGAACUUUGCCAAAGGCAGGGAUUAUGAUCCAGACAAGUACCGUUCAGACAUGAAAAAGUUGAAGAAGAAGCUAAAUGAGGAAAGGAAAGGAGUAGUGCGCGAGCUGCGCAAAGACAGCUACUUUAUGAGCGAUGUUAAAGCAAAAGAAAAGGCUGUGCACGAGCAAGAGAGAGCAGAGAAACAUGGCAAGAAUCUGGCUUUCCUUCAAGAGCAAGAACAUGCUUUCAAAUCUGGACAACUUGGUAAAGGCAAAGGCAGCAAGAAGAGAAAGCGUUAGAUACCAGUCAGUAUCAACUACCUAUUUUGUUCUUCUAUUUUUGAUGUUUUUUUUUUCUUUUUAGACGUACCUCAACAAUUUUGUGUUGGAUAAUUGAGAAAAACUAAUCUACGUUCCUAAGAAUUCAAGAAAAGAAAAGGCUUAAUGCUUAGAAUAACAUUGUUUUUGGUCA